GCCUUGGUUUCCUGAAAUCGCAUAGGUAACAACUGGCCGAUUACGCAUAAAAUACCCCUUGACCGACUUCUUUUGCAUGCUGGGAAGAGGUGAAUUUUACAUUACCCUUAAUGACUCCAGAUAUUUUUUUCCUGGUGAUACCAUCAAUGGAACGGUGACACUCUCCUUGGAUAAGCCAACAAAAACGAAUUGUAUACUAGUCAUAUUUAAAGGCGAAGUAGAAGCUGGUGGCGAUUCCUUCAAUCUUUUUACAAAACAAAUCAAAGUUGCUGCCGACGUUGGCACACUGGACGCACGCACGCACAGUUUUUCUUUCGAAUUUUUGGUUGACAGCCACUUGAAUUUACCCAGUAGCACAAAGCUUGCCCGAGGCUCUAUUAAAUAUGGUAUUACAGCCAUCCAUGAGAGACCACUUAUCCCAGAUGCUCUCUCAUCAAAGGCAGAAUACGCAUUGCAAAUAUUGGAGAAUAUUAAUGCCGAGUGGCCAGAAUUCGCCCAUGAAGCGGAAAUGUGUCAGGAUGUCACGAUAUCGGGUUCCAACGACACACGCAAGGUUCGCAUCAUUGCAAAAAUGCCAAGAUUUGCAUUUGUCAGAGGUGACAUCAUACCAAUAGAAUUAUCCAUCAAGCACUUUGAACCGUUUACCCGAGAAAAAGGAAUUAAAGUCGAGCUGAUUCGCAUUGCACUUUUCGGAAAGAGUAAAAAUCAAACACCUGUACAGAAUGCUCUUCGGUCUCUCGUCACAGAUUUGAACGUUUCCACCAGCAACUUUGUUUUUUCCGCCACACCACACAUCUUGAUUCCAACGUCCACUCCACCAACAAUUGACAUAAAUGGCAAGAUAUUAAAUGUUCAAUAUCAAGUCCGCAUUAGCAUCAACCUCAACCCUUCAAAUGGCACCGUCUCCAAGUCAAACAACGUGGUUUUAGAGAUCCCUAUUGUUGUCGCCACUUGGCCGCCCGCCGCUAUACCAAUAGACCUCGAUUUAGACGAGGAAGAACUAGAGCCAGAACCACAGUCCUCAGAAACGGAAUCAGAUUCAGAGAGCGGCGAGACAGAACAGAAGCUGAAUGAUGUACCAAAGCAAGUCUUUGUAGCCCCUCGUCCUGUUCGCACAUCCUCUCUAUCUCAAUCCAGUCGACCACCUCCCAUCAUCCCUUUUUCAUCUCAGGUGUCUGGAACAGAAAUAGCGGCUACAGCGCUGACUGAAUCCAAAUCCAAGGAUAACAGCAAUGUCAAUAGAGUUGAUGGAGCAUACCCAAAUCGGACCCCCAUUGGUGUCAGCCCUGAUAACGUUGUCGGUAUCAAUGGUGUAGACUCCGCAAUGAUCUCGACCAUCGGUGGUGAUGGUGUCAAAAAUUCAACAUCGCGCACAGCGUCUCAAAGAUUCCCAGUGCCAACUGUUAGUAGCGUGUAUGAGACCUCGACAGCGCCAACUUCAUUUUCCCCCAAUGGUCCUCCUCAAUCAAUGCCUCAUGAAAGCUUCUCCAGAAGUCACUCGCUAUCGCAUAGCCAACACUCAGUCGUACCUGCCAUUCAGCCUUCAACAUCCCAAAAUUCCGGUUUACCGCUGUCCCAUAGUAACUCUAUCAACAGUAGCACCUUUGCUAAUAGUAGUCACUACUCUCCAAACAUGUCCAUGUCUCAACCUCUCCCUUCAUCUCCUGGCUACCAUUCCACAAUGCCUAUAUCUCAAAUGCCUUCACCUCCGGGACUCCAUUCUGCUAUGCCUGCACCUCAAAGCUCGCCUUCAUCUUUUGACCAUCAUCCAGUCAUGCCUAUGCCACAUAAUUCUCCAUCAUCGUAUUCUAACUCUUCGCAUUAUGGUCAUACUCCUUCUAUAUCCCUGCCGCAAAUGCCAAUUCCAAAUUUUCAUAAUGAUAGUGAACGUCACUAUCUUCCUCACCAUUCGCCACAGAAGCCACUUUUGCAUGCGUAUGGAAACCAGACCAACACAGCCUACCAAAUGCCUGAACCCGUAAACUGUCAUCAAUCAGAUUACUCUCCAGAGAAUGCCUAUUAUCAUUCCCAGAGUCAGCAAGUGCCUUCUUAUCACAGCAAUUCUUAUUAUCCUCAGCUUCAUUCAGAGUCUGAUCCUGCUUAUGCUCCGUUUACUUAUCCAAUGUCACUACCCACACCAGGUCAAGCCAUGCCAUCGGCCCAGCCUAUGCCGACUCCCAACGCUCCAUACCACCAACCUUUUACGCAAUUCCCUUACUCAUAGACUUAGGCAACUAAGCCCGGAUGGUGGUAUAUCCCACCCAUUUUAAAAUACUUUUGGCUGCCUUUGGCUCUGGUUGUACGAUUAACUUAACGCUGUAGACUUUAGACUUCUUAAUUUGAAAUCUUGAAAACUUUAUACCACAACGAACAUCAUGCUUGA